CUACCACUCUCCCUCCCUUUCUCCCUGCUUUCCUUCACAGCCCAUUUCUCCUUUCCUCUUCUCUCCUCUUCUCUCUCUUCACCUCCUCAGCUCAGCCUUCUUUGGGAGCAAUACAAGAGAACAAAAACCAAACUACAUUUCUCUUACUCCCUACUCCAACCAGGUUUCGGCUUCUCCCUUUCUGCUUGUGUCUUCUGCUGCUACACCCCAUUUGGGAAAUAGUAGAAACUAAAUUCACAAGCACUUGAUUCUUGUUUAUUGUGGUGAAUCUUCAUCUGGGUCAUCAAAAACCUUUUUUUUGGGGGGAGAUUCACAAUCUCAGCUUUUCUUCUCUGUGUAAUUCUAAAAUAUCUAUCCAUGGAAAAGGAGAAGCAUUUUAGGAAUGCUGGUAGCCCACCUGCCCUGAGCUAUGCUGCCGCUUCGUCAUCUCCACCAACCAAUUGGCAUUCUUCGACCUCAGCCAUGGAGCUUCCACUGGGAGACCUGAAUGGUACUUCAGAGCAAUUGCCCAAUUGCUUCCUCAAUCUCAAUUGGGAGAAUUCAAUGGAUCAGAGUGUUCCCUUUGAGUCAGCCCUGAGCUCAAUUGUUUCUUCUCCUGCCACAUCAAAUACCGCCGUCGCCGUUCCAACUGACAGCGUCGUCAUCAGAGAACUGAUUGGGAGACUUGGUAGCAUCUGCAAUUCCGGAGAGAUCUCCCCUCAGUCUCAAACAAUGGGUGGAAGUGCAGCUGCUUCUUACAUUGGGGGAAACAAUAGCGCCAACACUUCCUGCUAUAGUACCCCUUUGAAUUCACCACCAAAACUAAAUCUUUCCAUGAUGGAUCAUCAGGUCACGGGGAAUCUACCCAUCUUGGGGAAUUCCAUGCCUACCCAUCCCAGUUUGGUUCCUUUUGCUGCUGAUCCUGGAUUUGCAGAGAGGGCUGCGAGGUCAUCCUGUUUUGGCAGCCGAAAUUUCGGCGGAUUAUCAAGCCAACUCGGAUUCAAAGAAGCUGAAUUCCCUUACAGAUCAGUGCCAAGGGUGGGUAAUGGAAAGCUAUCGAGAGUCUCCAGCAGCCAAUCUCUCAAGGCUGUUGGGUCUCAGAUGGGUAGCCAGGAGAACAAAGAAACUCCAUUGCAGGACACAAUUGAGACAGAGAUGAGAUCCAUUUCGGCUUCUGAUAGGAAAUUCAGUAAAUUAUCGAGGUCUUCAACACCAGACAAUGCGGAGGAAUUCGCAAAUUCUCGCGAGGAAUCCUCAAUUUCUGAGCAAAUCCCAGGUGGGGAUUCUACCAUGAAAGCUUCCAAUGCUGCCAAUGCCAGAAAGAGAAAAGCUGCUCAAAGAGGAAAAGCAAAGGAUACCCCUUUAUCCUCUACAGUAAAAGAAUCAAAGGAAGACGAGGACCCACAUGCAAAGAAAAGCAAACCAGCUGAAGCCACUGCAAAGGAGAAAGAUUCACCGAAGGCAAAGGCAGAACCCAAUGGAGGUACCAACAGUGCAGGGGAUGAAGGUCAGAAGCAAACCAAGGAUAAGUCGAAACUGCCGGAACCUCCAAAGGACUACAUCCAUGUUAGAGCUAGAAGAGGCCAAGCCACUGACAGCCACAGUCUUGCUGAAAGGGUCCGAAGAGAGAAGAUCAGUGAACGGAUGAAAUUCCUUCAAGAUCUUGUACCGGGUUGCAAUAAGGUGACUGGUAAAGCAGUUAUGCUCGACGAGAUUAUAAACUAUGUUCAGUCACUGCAGCGCCAAGUUGAGUUCCUGUCUAUGAAAUUAUCCACUGUGAACCCAAGGCUUGAUUUCAACAUGGAAAGUCUACUCUCAAAGGAGAUGCUUCAGCCUCGAGGGUCGUUGCCACAUCCAAGUUACCCAUUAGAUUCUUCGGCGUCUGCCUUUCAAUAUGGGCACCAGACCCAGCAAGAACCACCCCAUCAAAGUGGAAUUUCUAAUGGAACAGAGACUCAGUGCUUAGUGAACCCAUUAGAUGCCGCGUUUCGUCUAAAUCUUGGUGUGCAAUUAACUCCUGCUGAUGUUUUUGGUGAAGCUGCUUCUCAGCUCUCCACAUUCUGGGAGGACGACCUCCAAAGUGUUGUUCAAAUGGGCUUUGGCCAGAACCAGAGCCAGGAAGCAGGAUUCCAGCCACAGAGUUUCCACGGCUCAUUGUCAUCUACCCACAUGAAAAUUGAGCUCUGAUCAUCAUUUACUAAAUUUGUAUUUGGUUGAGGCCCCAGAUAAAGAAGGCCUUUGUACAUACAGAAAGAUGUUGAUUCGAACCGGCACACGAGCUCCUGAAUUAUCAACCAUUAGCCCAGAGCAACAGAUUUUUUCCCCCCUUUUUUGGGUCCCCUUCUUUUUGUUGAUCUGAUUCUUUGGAGAAUUCUUACAAGUGUCCUUUGUAAAAUUUUAGGACUAAUUGUAUUCUGUGGUGCAAAAUAUAAUUACCAAAUAUAAGCUGUAACAUGGUAAGAAGAACACAAAAGUGAAAGGGAGGGAGGAGUUUUGACACCAACUUCUGAUCCAACCUUUGUUGGCAUUUCAACCUUACCAUCCAAUAAUACUAUUAUUAAUUGAUU